AUGGCGACAGAAACAUCAUCACCACACCCGCAGUCGGACCUCUCGACUCGGUUGUAUAAUGGUUUCUCUAUAUACGCCAUACAAGGCAUAAUUUCGCCCAUCCGGUGGUUUAGAGGCUGGAACGAAUGGAUGUGGCCCACCGGCGUGGCGCCAAAUUUCAUCAAGACCUAUGAAUGUCGACCAUAUUUACCAACUCGCAUCUUCUUUCCCAAGGAUUACGAUCAGACUUCUCCAGAAAACUUGCCUUUGCUUUUCAGUAUCCAUGGCGGCGGGUUCUGCAUUGGUGGGCCAGAGGAUGACGACCGUCUGAAUAGGCGCUUUGCCGAUGAGUACAAAUUUCUGGUGGUUGAGCUCAACUAUCGAAAGGCACCUUGGUAUCCCUUUCCUACAGCAGUGUACGACCUGGAGGCUCUGAUGCUCGCGGUUAUCGCCGAUGAGAGUCUGCCCAUUGACAAGUCCCGCGUGGCCAUCACCGGCUAUUCGGCGGGUGGCAAUCUCACCCUCAGCGUGGCCCAGUUGCCAAGUAUCCGCGAGCAGGUCAAGCCCUCGGCGUUGCUCCCCGUGUACGCGGCCACGGACAUGGAGGUUCCGACCAGCGAACGCCUGAAGAGGCGCUACUACAAGCCCGAACUACGACCCAGUGCUCGAGGUUUGCCGACUGAUUUCCUAGCCACAAUGUCACCAAUUUUCAAAUGGAGCUACGUCAACCCAGGACAGGACCUAAAGGAUCCUCUGCUGUCGCCAAUUCACGCAGCACGCGAGACGCUCCCGCCAAAUAUCUAUGUAGUGGCGGCUGAACUGGACCAGCUGGGUCACGAGAACUGGCGACUGGCCUGCAAGCUGGCCGGUCGCUCUGAACCUACCCCCGACAACACCGUCGGACAGAAACUUCCGGCAAAACAGGAGGGGACCCUCAUUUUGGAUGACGAGCGCUUUGCAUGGCAGCAAGAUGGACCAGACGGCAGCAUACGGUGGCUGCUUAUACCUGACCAGAUCCACGGCUUUGAUCAUAUGCCUCCCAGGUGGUUUAAACACCUUCCUUCGUGGGAGGACGCGCAGACCAAGACGGAGCAGUAUCAAAAGUUGCUGGCAGAGUGGCUUCACCAGGUUGUCUGGAAGAACUCGGGAGCCAGAUCAGAAUAG